AUGGCGAUCGCAGCCGCUGCCGAAGUCGGCAAGUCCGACCCCAUCAUCACUCGGCUUGCCAACGAGGACAAGAAGCCGUUCUACAAGAAGCCGAACUUGCUCUUCUUGUACCUGAUGCUCUUCCCGACAUGCAUGGGUAUCGAGCUCACCUCUGGGUUCGACUCCCAGAUGAUCAAUGCGCUUCAGAUCGUCGACUCGUGGGUCGAAUACUUUGAGAACCCGCAGGGUGCCCUCAAGGGCAUUAUCGCGGCCGCUUACUCGCUCGGUGCCAUUCUCUCGCUCCCCUUGAUCCCCAUGGUCAACGACCGUUUCGGCCGCCGGUGGUCCAUCUUCGGCGGAUCUUGCAUCAUGGUCAUCGGAGCUCUCAUCCAGGGUUUCUCGGUCCACGUUGGCAUGUACAUCGUCGCUCGUAUGAUUCUCGGUUUCGGAAUCCCGACCUGCAUCGUUUCUGGCUCCUCGCUCAUCGGCGAGCUUGCCUACCCCAAGGAACGCCCGGUCCUGACCUCGCUUUUCAACGUCUCCUACUUCGUCGGACAGAUCAUCGCUGCUGCCAUCUGCUUCGGCACCAACAGCAUUCAGACGCAGUGGGCUUGGAGAAUCCCCUCUCUGCUGCAAAUCUGCCCCUCCUUGCUACAGCUCACCUUCGUCUUCUUUUUGCCCGAGAGUCCCCGAUGGCUUAUCACGAAGGACCGUGCUUCCGAGGCACAGGCCAUUCUCGCCAAGUACCACGGCGAAACCGACCGUGGGGCUGAGUUCGUUGCCGCCGAGUUUGCCCAAAUGCAAACUGUCAUCCGGCUGGAGGUUGAGGCGUCCAAGAAGUCCUGGUUGGAUCUUUUCAAGACCGCCGGCAUGCGCCGCCGUCUUCUAAUCACCACCAUGCUGGGUCUCUUCACCCAGUGGUCUGGCAACACUCUGAUCUCGUACUACCUCGGAGAUCUCCUCAAACUCAUUGGGUUCCAGGACUCGCAGUACAUUCAAAAGAUCAACGUUUCCAUUGCGUGCUGGAGUUUGUUCUGCGGCGUUGUCGUUUCGCUGCUCGUCGUCAAGAUCCGCCGCCGUGUCAUGUACCUCGCCUGCACCAUCAGUCUGUUGCUCUGCUACAUUGCGUGGACCAUCUCUAUGGAACGUGCCCAGACCGCCGAGCAGUCUGGCCACCCGAACCAAGCGGCCAACAUCGCCGUGUUGUUCUUCAUCUAUGCCUACUCUCCUUGCUACAACAUGGGUUACAACGCGCUCACCUACACCUACAUGGUUGAAGUUUGGCCUUACGCCGAACGCUCGAGCGGUAUUGCCGUCUUCCAGCUCUUCGGUCGCCUGGCUUCCUUCUUCACCACCUUCGUCAACCCGAUUGGUCUCAAGGACGUCGGCUGGAGGUACCUCAUCUCGUACUGCUGCUGGCUCGCUUAUGAAGUCGUUUUCGUCUACUUCUUCUUCCCCGAGACCCACGGCCGCACUUUGGAAGAACUUGCCUUCAUGUUCGAGGACAAGCGUCUGGCGGACGAGGCUGUUGCCGCCGUCGAGAAGGUUAUCCAGCACGAUGACGACGUGCCUAUCGAUCAGAAGCAGGCCACUGCCGAGACCAAGGAGAAUGUGCUUUGA